GUAUUUGAUUUACUGGACGAUGAAUGCGGAUUGCCGUGGAAACGAAUACCGGAUCGCAGUCAAGUCGUUGUUUACAAAGAGAAGUUCUUCCGAUUCCAAUUUCCAAGGUGCUACCAGAUAGUUCCGAGUGAAUUCAAGCGGAUCGUAGAGUAUAUAAAUGGAAUGUCAUUCGCCGAAGAACCCGAUUAUAUCUACAUGACACAUUCGCUGAAGUCCAUAGCAAAGGAGAACCGGAUUGACAUGGAUAAAAAAUUGGAUUGGGUAGGCAGAGCGAACAGAGAAGGUCCAAUAACAGAUGAAGAAACGUCGUCAGAUAACAAGAACACGGGAUCUGACGACAGCGAUGACACGGACAAGAACACAAGGGGUAAAAAAUCUAACAUGAAGAAGACGAAGGGCUCGGAGAGUCGAAAACGAAGCACGACCGUGACGAAGAAAAAGUUUGAG